AUGGCAUCAUUCAUUGUUGAUUUUGACGAUUUGUAUGACCUAUCCAAUGACACCACUAAUGCCACACCCUACGUUCCGGAUCCAAAUACGUUUAUAUGUGAGAUAUCACCGUUGCAUCCAUCAGCAACUGUGGCCCUGUGUGUCAUCCUCAUAACCAUCUUUAUACUGGCAAUACCAGGAAACCUAUUAGUGGGAUGGGUAAUCAGUACCAGCCGGCAGUCCCUGACUCCGUCGGAUGUGUACCUGCUACAUCUGACAAUAGCAGAUGGUCUGAUGGCUCUUACCCUCCCAUUCUGGUCGACAGCACUGAUCCAAGGGUGGCUCUUUGGAGACUUCAUGUGCAAGCUCGUCAGCCUCAUCACUGAAGCAAACUUCUACACCAGCAUCCUCUUCCUGGCCUGCAUCAGCAUAGACAGGUAUCUUGUGAUUGUGCGUGCCAGUGACUCACCUAAGAGUCGCCAGAGGUUGUGCAGCUGGCUUCUCUGUGCAUCUGUCUGGGCCCUCGGUGUGGGCCUCGCCCUGCCUGCAUUUUUCAAUGAUGCUUUCAAGUUUGGUGACUCAGACAGGAUGAUUUGCGCUGAGCGCUUUGACAUUGGCAAGGCAUCCUCAUGGAGGAUUGCCACACGUGGGUUUCGGCACAUUUUUGGCUUCUUGCUCCCUGUGACUGUCAUGAUAACCUGCUACAGCAUCACCAUUGCAAGGCUGCUGCGCACUCGUGGUUUCCAGAAACACAGGGCCAUGCGAGUGAUCAUAGCCGUGGUGAUUGCGUUUCUGCUGUGCUGGACACCGUAUCAUAUAACCAUGAUAGUAGAUACGCUCCUGAGGGUUGGUCUGAUAUCGGACUGUGCUAUGAGGAGAUCAGUGGACGGGGCUUUGGUUAUAACCAACUCCCUGGCUCUAGUGCACAGCUGCAUCAACCCUGUCCUCUAUGCCUUUGUGGGACAGAAGUUCAGGAAAAACAUGCAGAUGCUUCUUCAGAGGAAAGUCAGACAGGAGAGGAUGUCAGAGAGGAUGACAAAGUUCAGCAGGUCCACAUCUCAGACUUCAGAGGGCAAUGGAGCUGUUCUCUGAGGCAUUGGUGGAUGCCCAGAAAG